AGUUAGACUUAAAACCUAGCUAACGCGACUGCAUUUUGUCCUUUCCGUGGGAAUUCGAUGGAUUUUGUGCACGGAUGGGUGUUUUUUGUGGGCGAAAUUUCACGUUAUUGCGAUCCGAUGCUGGUUUUGGAAGUUUUGGGGAUUUUCUGAUUGAUUUGUUUUUCUUUGAUAUCUUUUUUAUUGUGUUUUUGUUUGGAUCGAGCUCUCUUUCUGUUUUCUUUCUCACCCAUCCGCUUUUCUCCCUGUCAAAAGGUAAUCUGCUUUAGCAUCCUGGGAUUUGCACCGGUGCCAGUAUCUUUCUAGGCUUAACUUUGCCAUUGAGCUUCUCGAAAUUUGCUCCAACUUUCUCCCUAUUCGUGAUCCUGACUGUAUUUUUUUUCUCUUUCUUUCAAUCUAAAUUGUUGGGUUUCAAUUCUGCGCAUCCUCUUUAUUAACUUUUCAAAUUUUUUCUUCCACCGCGAUAUUCAGUUUGAAUUUUUCGAAAUCAACCUCUCGCACUCUCUGAUUCAGAUCGUGACAUUCAAGUUUCUUUAGAGUGACACAACUGGAGAGCUCCUCUGUUGUUCUCAAUAGGAAAAUGGUCGCCAUCUUAAGCCUGGUUGAAAGAUGAAUGAUUUCGAGGUAGAAACGCCUGGGACAGAAGAAGUAAUAUCCAACAUGUAAAGGAAACAAGCUCAAUAUGUUCGACUUGAGCAUUGGUGUGGUUAGAACAAAGCUGCUCACUGAUAAAGCGCAUGGAGAAGGUUAUCCAGUUCAAAAUGACCAGUCUGAUUUUGUGAAGAAAGCAAUUAAUAUAAUCGGUUCACAGCUAUGGAAGAAAGCUGGGAGAACGAGGUUGGGUGAAACAUCAAUGAAGAUGCUAAUAGCACAGGAAAUGUCUACCGCAAUAGAGUUAAAGGAGAAAGCACCCGGUAUUGUUGCAAAAUUAAUGGGCCUGAAUUCAUUGCCUGUCCAGCAAAAAAUCCCUCCUUGCAGAAGAAACUCUCAAGAAACUGAUCCACACAGCUGUCCAAGUAGAGCUCCUCAACAAGAAAGCAACUUUAGUACUCUGAAGUGCAGAACUGACUCACAAAUCCAUGAAAAGAAGUAUAAAGAUGUGUAUGAAGUUCAGAUGGAGAAUGAAGAUCUACAGGAAGAAGGAAACUAUUGUAGAAACUUGACAGAGAAGAGAAUGGCUCUUGUUCACCAGAAGUUCAUUGAAGCAAAGCGUUUAGCCACUAAUGAAAGACUUCUCCAGUCAAAAGAGUUCAAAGAUGCCCUUGAGGUUCUGAAUUCAAACAAAGAUUUAUUUCUCAAGCUAUUGGAAGACCCAAAUUCUCUUUUUUCCAACCAACUUAAAGACCUCCAUCAAACUACUUCUUUAGGGACCCAGAGCAAGUGCAUAACUGUACUGAAACCAACUACAACUACAUCAAUUGAUAUUAAUCAUGAAAAAUUUGUGAGUAAGAACCGACAUGUUGGUGGUGAAGAGAUUAGGGACGUUGCUGGACAUGAUUUGAACUCUUGUUUUCUUCUUCCAAAGGCUGAAACUGCAUCUCCACCCACCAGAAUUGUGGUUCUGAAGGCUGUCUCUGCAAUCCCUCACGAAGCGCAGGCCAGUUUGGCUUCCCACAUUUCUUUACCAGUUCCAGAAAAUAGAAACAUAAGAUCAAGUGAAGCAGCUAAUAUCUCUCAUAAAAUGCCAAAAAAUUCUAAAAAUUCACAGAAGGAUGAAUACCAAAGAGCUUCAGCUUUAUCUAAUGGAUAUGCUGCUGAUGAGAGCUCUCUUAGCAGGUCUGAAACUGAUUACAGAGAAGCUGUCAGUGACUGUAGCGACUCAGAGCUGGUGACUCCAACAUCACAGAAUUCAUGGGUUCAUAUGAUAUCUGGAAGCCCAGGCUCCCUGUCAUCAUUAAGCCAUGAAUACUACUCGCUUGAGUCAUCAGUGAGCAGGGAAGCCAAGAAACGGCUUUCAGAAAGAUUGGAAUCACUAACAUCAGAUGAUAUCGGCCAUGAACAAGCGAAGUUGAGAAAGAGCUCAAGUACUUUGGGUGAGAUGCUUGCCAUUCCUGAGAUAAAGAAAGAAGAAGGGAGAACUGAUAGGAUAAUGAGUACAUGUUCAUUUUCAGAUAGGAUGCAGGAAUUUAAUAAGGACUCUCCUAAGAAUUUUAGGAGUUCAGAGUCUCUUCCAGCUCCUCCAAACUUUGAGAGCGUCAGGGAAAAUGAAAAAAAAUUGCUCAUGCUAUCUAGCGAAUCCUUUCUUCUGAAACAGGCAUCAAAAUUGAAAAAUGAGAAAUCAUCUUUUAAGGAUAAAGUCUCAGGUUUAAUCUUUUCGGGGAUGAAGAAAUUGGUGAGGGUGAAGCCCAACCUUUCUACUUCAAGUGCUAAUGGUAGACUUCACUUAGAAAGUGCUUCAUCUGUACAAAAUGGCCUACCAAAAUCUUCCCUUGAUAGGAUAUCUGAUGCAAAUGCUUCAAAAACCUCAGAGGACAAAUUUGCUAAAGCUUUAUCUUCUAUGUCGGUCAGCGGUACAGAAAAGCAUGGAAAUGUCUCCUUUAAGAACAAUCGCUCCGUUGAGAAACUCUGGAAAUCAGAAGUCUUUAGAGAGAACUCCAACCAACAUAAUCACGUUUCAGCAUUAGAGAGGCCAUUUCAAGAAGAAUUUCCCUGUAAUGUCUCCUAUUCUUCUCAACGUGCCAUUACUAACAAUCCCCAAGCGCUCUCCAGAUCCCCUCUCAUCAGUUCUGUUAGCCGCUCCUCAAAUUUGGAAAACCCGCACUUUGAAACUUCACUGCCCAACUCCUUGAAGCUUUUCAGGCUUUUCUUCAAAGAAGAUGAGGAGCAUGAACGCUUUGAUUUCAUCACAAAGCUGCUUUCAUCUUCAAACUUCGCCAAUGAAAGCUCUAGUGCCAUAUUAGCCAGAUUUCACUCUCUUCACAGUCCAUUAGAUCCAGUUUUGCUGGAUGAGCUCUUGGACCGUAAGGGGGAAGAAGCUAAAUGCAGGGAGAGAAGAUCAAACCAGAGGCUAUACUUCGAUUUUGUCAACGAAACCCUAAAAGACAUUUGCUACUGUACUUUAGUUGACGCAUUUCCAUGGUCCACAACAGCUACCAGGACUCAAAAACACGUUCAAACUAAUCUUACAGUGAAAGAUGAAGUUUGGUGCCGUUUAAAGGAUUGCUUCUGUGCAAAGGAAACUUGUAGUUCGAGCAAGGCAGAGUACAGUAAACAAAAUUUAGGUUUUUUGGUGAAGAAAGAGGUUGCUGGAAGUGGAUUAGGUGAAUCAAUGUGGUUGGAAAUGGAUGAACUGAGCAAAGAGAUUGGCGAAAUGGUGCUGGAAGAGUUGUUUGAUGCCACAGUAGCUGAGCUAACUGGCAGGUUUCUGUGAUGAGUUAUGUAAGCUUUUUUAUCCUUUUUUGUCUCAUUUUUCUUGUAUAUUGGCAGUUUGACACCUAAUUUUUGCCAUUAUGAAUGUGGUGAGGAGGCCAAUGGCAAUUGGCAUUAACAGCUCAUAGUAUCAUACAUUUCUCCAGUUGUAAAACUUGUUUAGUGCCUUGGUUUAAUUGUCAUUUGAUUUUUAACUAGUAGUCAGUAGCAUUGCUUUGGUUUUAUGUGGAAGUGCCUGGCUGUAAAACUGCUGCUGUGUUGAUAUAAUAGUACUUAUUGCUGAUUA